GCAGGCACUGCCGAGCGGGGCCGUUGCGGGGCUCCCUGCGCUCCCCAGCCGAGCGGAGCGGAGCCGAGCAGAGCAGGCGGGCUCUGCGGGCGUGGGAAGGGGUAGAGCUCGAAGCGAAUCUCCCUCCCCACCCGCGGGGGGCACAGCCAUGCCCCGCACCGCCUGCUGAACCCAACCCGCGCCCAGGCUGCCCCGCAGCCCCCCGCCCGCCGCCAAGCUGGAGGAACGCCGCAAGCCCGAGCCCCGGAGGAUGGAGGACGAGGCAGUACUGGAUAGAGGGGCUUCCUUCCUUAAACAUGUAUGUGAUGAAGAAGAAGUGGAAGGCCACCACACCAUCUACAUCGGGGUCCACGUGCCCAAGAGCUACAGGAGAAGGAGGCGUCACAGGAGGAGACCUGGACACAAAGAGAAGAAAGAAAAGGAGAAAAUCUCUGAGAACUACUCCGACAAAUCAGACGUAGAAAACGCUGAUGAGACAAGCAGCAGCAUCCUGAAACCUCUCAUCUCCCCCGCCGCCGAGCGCAUCCGCUUCAUCCUCGGAGAGGAAGAUGACAGCCCCGCUCCCCCCCAGCUCUUCACUGAGCUGGAUGAACUUCUGGCCAUCGAUGGACAGGAGAUGGAAUGGAAGGAGACUGCCAGGUGGAUCAAGUUUGAGGAGAAGGUAGAACAAGGUGGGGAGAGAUGGAGCAAACCUCACGUGGCCACCUUGUCCCUGCACAGCUUGUUUGAGUUAAGGACGUGUAUAGAGAAAGGCUCCAUCAUGCUGGAUAUAGAGGUCACUUCUCUCCCACAGGUGGUGGAGAUGAUCGUUGACAACCAGAUCGAGACGGGGCUUUUGAAAGCAGAGCUGAAGGACAAGGUCACCUACACCCUGCUGAGGAAGCACCGGCACCAGACCAAGAAGUCCAACCUGCGCUCGCUGGCCGACAUCGGCAGGACCGUCUCCAGUGCAAGUAGGAUGUUUUCCAACCCUGAGAAUGGCAGCCCAGCCAUGGCCCACAGAAAUCUGACUUCCACCAGUCUGAAUGACAUCUCUGACAAGCCUGAGAAGGACCAGCUGAAGAAUAAAUUCAUGAAGAAGUUGCCCCGUGAUGCUGAGGCCUCCAAUGUGCUGGUGGGGGAGGUGGAUUUCUUGGAGGGUCCUUUCAUUGCCUUCGUCAGGCUGCAGCAAGCAGUCAUGUUGGGAGCUCUCACCGAAGUCCCCGUGCCCACCCGGUUUCUCUUCAUCCUGCUGGGACCCAAGGGCAAAGCCAAGUCCUACCACGAGAUCGGCCGAGCCAUUGCCACUCUGAUGUCAGAUGAGGUGUUCCAUGACAUUGCCUAUAAAGCCAAGGACCGGCAGGACCUGAUCGCUGGCAUUGAUGAGUUCUUGGAUGAAGUCAUUGUGCUCCCCCCUGGGGAAUGGGACCCAGCCAUUAGGAUAGAGCCCCCCAAGUCUCUUCCUUCUUCAGAUAAAAGGAAAAACAUGUACUCUGGUGGGGAAAACCUGCAGAUGAAUGGAGACACCCCCCACGAUGGAGGGCACGGCGGUGGGGGCCACGGGGACUGUGAGGAGCUGCAACGAACGGGCAGGUUCUGUGGUGGCUUAAUCAAAGACAUAAAGAGGAAAGCACCGUUCUUCGCCAGCGACUUCUACGAUGCUUUAAAUAUUCAAGCCCUCUCAGCCAUUCUGUUCAUCUACCUGGCCACAGUCACCAAUGCCAUCACCUUUGGAGGGUUGCUUGGUGAUGCUACAGAGAACAUGCAGGGCGUCCUGGAGAGCUUUCUGGGCACAGCUGUCACCGGUGCCAUCUUUUGCCUUUUUGCUGGCCAGCCACUGACAAUUCUGAGCAGCACAGGCCCUGUCCUUGUCUUUGAAAGGCUCCUCUUUAACUUCAGCAAAGACAACGAUUUUGACUACCUGGAGUUCCGCCUCUGGAUCGGGCUCUGGUCAGCAUUCCAGUGCCUCCUCCUGGUCGCCACCGACGCCAGCUUCCUGGUCAAGUACUUCACCCGCUUCACUGAAGAAGGCUUCUCCUCCCUCAUUAGCUUCAUCUUCAUUUAUGAUGCUUUCAAGAAGAUGAUCAAACUGGCAGAUCACUACCCCAUCAACUCUCACUUCAAGGUGGAUGAAAUCACACAGUACUCCUGUGCCUGCCAGCCAUUAGAUCCGGUGAAUAGCUCCUUAUUUAACGGGACAACAGUGCUGUCAGCUGAUGAGCUCUUGGAUUCCUCAGCUGGGAUGCCCAACACCACCACUGAGUGGUCAGCCCUGACAGCCAAGGAGUGCUUGAGACACGGAGGGCAACUCGUGGGCAACAACUGCGGCUACAUCCCUGACAUCACCCUCAUGUCUUUCAUCCUCUUUUUUGGCACUUACACCUGCUCCAUGGCCCUGAAGAAAUUCAAGACCAGUCGAUAUUUUCCGACCACUGCCCGGAAGCUCAUCAGUGACUUUGCCAUUAUCUUGUCCAUUUUUAUUUUCUGUGGAAUAGAUGCCCUGGUAGGUGUGGACACACCAAAACUAAUUGUGCCAAGUGAAUUCAAGCCAACCAGUCCUGAGAGGAGUUGGUUUGUCCCACCCUUUGGAGGGAACCCAUGGUGGGUCUACCUGGCAGCAGCCAUCCCUGCACUGCUGGUCACCAUCCUCAUCUUCAUGGACCAGCAAAUCACAGCUGUCAUUGUCAACAGGAAGGAGCACAAGCUGAAGAAAGGUGCUGGGUAUCAUCUGGAUUUGUUCUGGGUGGCUAUCCUGAUGAUUGUGUGCUCCUUCAUGGGCCUGCCCUGGUACGUUGCUGCUACCGUCAUCUCCAUUGCUCAUAUCGACAGCUUGAAGAUGGAAACAGAAACUUCAGCCCCUGGAGAACAGCCCAAGUUUUUAGGAGUGAGGGAGCAGAGGGUCACUGGAAUUAUCGUUUUCAUCCUGACUGGUGUGUCUGUCUUUAUGGCUCCCAUCCUAAAGUUCAUCCCCAUGCCCGUCCUCUACGGCGUCUUCCUCUACAUGGGCGUCGCGUCCCUCAAUGGCGUGCAGUUCAUGGAUCGUUUGAAGCUGCUGUUGAUGCCUCUAAAACACCAGCCUGACUUCAUCUACCUGCGCCACGUCCCGCUGCGCAGGGUCCAUCUCUUCACCUUCCUGCAGGUGGUGUGCCUGGCCCUCCUUUGGAUCCUCAAGUCCACCGUGGCUGCUAUCAUAUUCCCUGUCAUGAUCCUGGCACUCGUAGCAGUCAGAAAAGCCAUGGACUACCUCUUCUCCCAGCAUGACUUAAGCUUUCUUGAUGACGUCAUUCCAGAAAAGGAAAAGAAAAAGAAAGAGGAUGAGAAGAAGAAGAAAAAGAAGAAGGGCAGUAUGGACAGUGACAAUGAUGAUUCUGACUGCCCCUACUCAGAAAAAGUCCCAAGUAUUAAAAUACCAAUGGACAUCAUGGAGCAGGAACCUUUCCUAAGUGAUAGCAAACCUGCUGACAGAGAAAAAUCACCAACAUUCCUUGAACGCCAUACAUCGUGCUGAUGCAAUUCCUUUCCUUCAGUCACACACCAUGCCAAGCCCUCCACGAACUCCAGUCAAAGUUGUGCCUCAAAUUAGGAUAGAGCUCGAGCCUGAAGACAAUGGUUACUUCUGGAGGAGCAAGGGAACAGAAACUACUUUGUAAUUUGUCUGUCUGUUGAAUCUUUUAUGGAAAUUUUAUUUUGUCACUAGCCAAAUAUUAAAAUGCUCUCUGCUCCCCACCCACAAAGGUAAAUGCACCCAUCCCACCCUGCCCCCAGCCCCUGGAUCUCCUCCCAGCCCUCCUCACCACUUCCCCCACGCUGACCAGGACUCAUUUUGCCUUCUCUGUCUCUGGGACACACACGCCUCUCUCCUGGGCAAGCAGGAGGAUGGAGGAGCCCACGGCAGAGGGGUGGGGGCUGGCAGAGGAGCUGGCGUUGCUGUAGUGGUGGUGGAUCGGUGUUUGGUUUCUUUGUCAGAACAAACCUGACUCCAGGCUAACUCCAUGUCUCACUCACCCUGCUGGAAGAUGCUGGAAAGUGCUGCUAACACUUAACUUGCUCCCCAAGCCUCUACUUUGUAGUUAACACGGGAUGGAAAAAGGAAAAGGUACUUGAGUCCCAGCACAGAGAAACCAUUGCCACUGCUGUAGCGUGUGUUUUGAAAUGUCCCUUUCCUAUGCAAUUGUUUUUUUGUUUAAAGGAACACUUUAAUGGACUUAAUCCGUCAGGUACAUUGAAGAGUGUUAUUUUCCUAGAUUAUUUUGUUUAAAUUAUGGGGGCCUAACCUACAACUUUUUUUUUUUUUGUCAAUUUUUUUAACCUUUUUUUAAUUACUGUAAAGAAAAAAAAAAAAAGAAUUUUUUUUCCUGCAGCAGGAAACAUAUAGUUAUGAGUAGUUCUACCUCUUAUUUCUAGAUGCCAGGCUUUCUGUAAAAAAAAAAAAAAAAAAAAAAAAGUAUUGUACCAUAUAUAAUGUGAUUUUUACAAAAGCAAAACACAAAAAAAAAACAACCCAGCAAAAAAAACAACAAAACCACACCACCACACCACAGUCUGCAGGACAUGGCAUGGGGCUGGAUCGGUUUGCUGAACACCCCUCUGCUCUGAAGCAUCUGUUGUACUUAGGGUUGUGUUGGUUUAUUCUGUUGUGUGCUUGUUUGUUUGUUUGUUUGUUUCCAAUAAGGAAUCUCACUUCACCAGGAGGGGUGAUCCUGUCAUCUUGGAGCAGUCUUAAUGUCCUGGUGGGCAGGGAGAUGCUGAGCAGCCCCAGCCUUGGGGGGCAGAUGCAGGUUGGGGUUGUUGCCCGUUUCCUCCUGGUGAUGUGUGAAUUAAUUAAUGGUGUGAAACUGGGAGAGGGGGAUGUGUACAUGGAGACCUUGGGUGCACCUCAGGCACCAUGGAGCAGAAAGCCACCUGACAGUGACCUGCUGGGAUGUCCAUCCUCACCCUCGUGCUCACCAGCCUCACCAGCAGCUGCAUCCAUCCUCCAGCACCCCCAUCUCUGAACCUCCUCCUGCUGAACUCGGGCUGCUCAGGCCCAGCCCCAGCCCUUGGCAGGCAAACACCACCUUGGGAGGGAGAGAUGGUUCCUCUCUCUCCAGCUUCUACUUGUGUGUCACACAUUGGGGAAGUUGGGCUUCACCACGGUGUUCCUGUGAGGAAGGUGGGGGUGACCUGUAAUGCUGAAGGCUUCAUCGAAAAAAUGAAAGAAAAACCAAACCCACAACAAAGAAGGUAAAAAAGCCCAGCUGUGGGGGCCCCAGAGGAGAAGGAUCCCACCCGAGAGGACAGGCAGGACAGGCCACCCGAGUGGCCACUUCUGUCCUUGUGAAACCAAAGUCCGUGUUGGAUAAGUGAACAGAACUUCAUGAUGGUGCUGAGAUCUUCUAUGCCAAAUUUUAGCAUCUCCUCACUCGUAGUAGCCCUGUCAGCAAGGAAAGGUGCAGGCUGGGGCUGGUGUGUCCCAGCUCUGCUGUACAAACCAACCACUGGCCACUUGCCUCUCCGGGAUGAGUUGAUGGGGACCCUGCUGGAUUGAGCAUCUGCUGCGAGGGGAUCCCAGCUGGAGAUGAUGGAGCUGCAGAGGUGUCUGCACAGCACCCACCUGCAUUCCCCACGUGCUCCUGAGAGGGAUCAGCUUCAGCCUCCAGGGAUCAGCCCAGACCCAGGCAGGAAAGGCUGGGGAGAUGUUGGAAGUGCCCAGAAAAGGAGGAGCUCCGUGAUCCCUUGGCUCCAACCAAUGCUUUCCAGCCCCUGGUGAGCACAAGUCUUGGCUCCUGGAGGGGAAACAGCUUCCAGAGUCACCUGCAGAGCACAGAGGAGCUUGUUGGGUUUUGAUGUGUAGGAAUCCCAGCGACUGAGGGAGGAAAGAUGGAACCAGCUGAAGGGAGAGAAGCCGCUGCCCUGCUCCCCAUCAGCUCCACCCAGGGCCCUACACCCACCCUCAGCUUCCCACCCACUGGCCCUUGGUCACCUGGCUCCACAAGAAUGAGGUCUUCCACUUUCCAACCCUGCUAAAUGUACUUGAAAUGUUCUGAUUGCUGAUCUAGAUCUUUCUCUCUCUCUUUUUUUUUAAUUUUAUUUUAUUAGUGGGUUGUUUGGUUUUGUUGUGCCCCAAGGGAGCUGUUGCCCAGAGGGUCGUGUUUGCUGCAGGGAUGGGACAGAGGAUUCUGUAGCUUUCCAUGAAGAACACACCACCUCUGGUGACAGGAGCUGGGGAUGUCCCCUUCCUGGUGCCUGCCACCAGCACUUCCUCGGGGUUUGUCUCUUCUCUUGGUUUUUGCUUUAAAAACCAAAGCAAAACCCAGCAGGGAGAGAGAAGCCGAGAGCUCUGCUUGGGCACCAGGAGGCAGCGGGCAAAGAGCCUGCAGGCAGAUCCAGGAGAGGUUCCCUGCACUUCAGAGACCUCUGGAAAGAAAAAUUCAUUUCCAUGAGAAUUGGGGAUCUUGUGGGAGAAGCCUGGGUGAGCACUUUGGGGAAUUCUCCUCCUGGUGGGACCCUGCAGCCAGCUUUGUCCCUGCCCUGGGAGGCGGUGGCCCUCUGCCUCUGCAGCCCAUGCUUACCUGUCAUUGUGGCCGAUACAUCUUUGUAUUUUUUAUUUUAUUUUAUUUUUUUGGAAUCAACACGCACUUUCAGAUACUUUUAUUAUUGUUUUUAAUUCUCGUAAGUCUGUAUUUGCUUUGGAGGAAAGAAUAGAAAACAGUAUGAAAUGAAGUGGAUCAAAUGGUGGAACAAAAAGGAAAAAAAAAAGCAGAAAACA